CAAUACCCAGAGUGCACCGCGGCAGGCAAACUGUAAACACACAUGGAGAUUGAAGGACGAAGGAACCGAUGAUCGUGUUCGUCAGGUAUAACCUGGGCCCAGGUGUGGCUGUGGAGCUGCAGGAGGAUGCGAGCGUGGCAGAGUUGAAGGAGGUGGUGGGGAGUCAGCAGGGAGUCCAACCUGACAACCUCAGGGUUCUGUUCGCUGGGAGGGAACUGAAGAACACCUCCACCCUGCAGGGCUGUGACCUCCCGGAGCAGAGUACAGUCCAUGUCGUCCUCCCUCUAUCAGGUUCCUCCUCCUCACAGCUCCUCCUCCUGCCGGAGCGCCUGGCUCAGGCUGAGGAGGAGGAGCAGAGCAGUUUGACCAGGCUGGACCUCAGCUCCUCGCGCCUCCCCUUCACCUCCUCUGGCCUGGCUGUGAUCCUGGAGGGGCGCGAUGGAGGAGGAGCCCAAGUAGCAGCAGGAGGAGGUGACAGGGGAGAAGAGGAGAUGAGAGAGGAGACAAGAGAGGAGGCACAGACUGCAGGCCUGGAAGGUGAGCGUGGCAUUUAUGGAUUCAGUGGGUGUGGUCACAGUACGUUCUUCGUGUACUGUAAAAGUUGUCGAUCGAUCCAACCAGGAAAACUCAGAGUUUGUUGCCGAAGCUGCAGACAGACAACGCUGACGCUCAGCAGGGGUCCGUCCUGUUGGGACGACAUCCUCCUCCGAGGUCGUAUCCACGGCGUGUGUCAAUCAGAGAGUUGUCACGGCAACGAAGCGGAGUUCUACAUGAAGUGUGCGUCCCAUCCGACAUCAGAGGACGAUGUCUCCGUGGCGCUUGACCUCAUCAUGACCAACAGCAGAGGCGUCCCGUGUAUUGCCUGCACCGAUGUCAUGGACGUGGUCCUGGUCUUCCAGUGUUCAGAGCGUCAUGUGAUCUGUCUCGACUGUUUCCGUCGUUACUGUCAGACCCGACUCAACGAGCGCCAGUUUGUUCACCAUCCUGUGAUUGGCUACUCGCUGCCGUGUGCCGCCGGCUGCGUCGACUCUCUCAUUAAAGAGUUACAUCACUUCAGGAUUCUGGGAGAGGAUCAGUAUGGGCGGUACCUGCAGUACGGUGCAGAGGAGUGCCUGCUGAUGAUUGGAGGACUGAUGUGUCCGUCACCCGGCUGUGGGGCGGGGCUUCUUCCACCUGAUGGCGGCAGGAGGGUGGAGUGUGACCGACAGCUCGGAUGUGGUUUCAUCUUCUGCAGAGACUGCAGGGAGGGCUACCAUGAGGGUGUGUGUCCCGCGGAACAGGCCACGCCCAUAGACGAAGCCUCUCAGGUUUUUGUGGUGGAGGAGGAGGCCUCUCAGAGGGGGAGGUGGGAUCAAGCCUCCGUGCUCCUCCUGCAGGAGUCGACCAAACGCUGCCCUCAAUGUUCAGUUCCUGUGGAGAGAAACGGCGGCUGUAUGCACAUGCAGUGUCCUCUGUGCAGAGCUGAGUGGUGUUGGCUCUGUGGAGUCACCUGGAACACAGACUGUAUGGGCAACCACUGGUUUGGAUAGAAAACCUACUAUCAUUGGGG